UUGAGCAUUUCAUAACUUUUUGGAUUAUCCUUAGUAUUUUAUUUUCUAAAACUUAAAAUGGUCGUUUUCACUAAAACCCUUUUAAAAUUAUUCAGUCUCAAGAACCACUCAUAUUGGCCCGGUGGCAAGAACAGAACAAGAAGAAGAUGGAAGAGAGCUGCGAGGAUUGCAUGAGAUGGGAAGAACAGCUAUACUGGACUCAUUUCCAAACAGUUCAUUUCUCUCAGCUACUCCUUCCUGGUUUUCACAAUCGCGUCGCAAUACCUAAAAAGUUCUCCACAUACUGCAAAAGGAAACUUCCCAAGAUUGUGACUCUCAAAAGUCCAAGCGGCGCCAAGUACAACGUGGGGUUAGAGGAAGAUGAUGAAAAGACUCUGGCUUUUCGUUGUGGGUGGGACAAGUUUGUGGAAGACCAUUCUCUCCAUGAGAGCGAUCUGUUGGUCUUCAAGUUCAACGGAGCAUCUGAGUUUGAAGUACUGAUCUUCGAUGGAGACACCUUAUGUGAGAAACCCACUUCUUAUUUCGUCAGGCAAUGUGGGCAUGCAGAGAAGACCAGCAGAGCUACAGAUUUCACUGCAACCUCUUCAAAAUCUCCUAAGAGAUACAUUAGCCAUGAUGAUGUUGAAAUUACUGUGAACCAGCAGCAACCUGUAAAAACAUCUCCAGUUGGUAAUGAGCUAGAUGAUCUCAUUGAUAUCGAUAUCGAUACAAUGCUAAAUCAGGAACCUGUAGUGCCUCGGACUGGUAUUGAGCAAGAAGAACGUAUUAACUCUGAUAUUGGCACAGAUUCUGGUCAGAUUCCUGUAAUAUCUCCAACUAGUAAGGGGCCAAUCAGUGAAGGGAGGUACCCCAUGGGUGUUUAUAAGAAGAUGAGAGGGCAAAUAAGUAUCAGUGAUCUUGAUAGUAAAGCUGAUGUGGAGAUGGUUUCAUCUGGUAGCAGAAAGAGAAUAGGUGAGACUUGCAAAAAGAAAGCCUUGUCUCUAGCUAAAAGAGCCAUUUCACCGAAAGGUUUCUUGGUGGUCAUGAAACGCUCUCAUGUGGUAUCAAAGUGCUACCUGAAUAUCCCUGUCCAAUGGAGCACGAGGUACAUGUCUCCUGAAUCUCAGGAUAUAGUGAUGCAGGUGGGUGAAACAAAAUGGCAAUUGAAGUUUAGUUUUUAUGGAUCUAGUGGUCGUGGUGGGAUUUCAACGGGAUGGAAGGUUUUUGUAAGAGACAACAACUUGUGUGAAGGUGAUGUAUGCGUCUUCGAGCCAGCCAAGCCCGAGGUUAAACCGUUUCAUCUCGAUGUUAAAAUCUUCCGUGCUGCAGAAGCGGAUAGUAGCAACAACGGUUGACACCACAAGCAAGAAUGGUUACUAUACUCUGUCGUGUAGAUGACUUGUACAUGAAAUUAACGUAAGAAUCUCUAGGUGUUGUCUUCUGUAGUGUGUAAUAUUGUGAAAGCUUUUGUCUUUUUGCUGUCCUAGUCUUAUAAUGUAGUGUCUUGUUGCAAACUUGCAA